AUGGCCAAUCGUACGGUAAAAGACGCGAAAUCUAUUCGCGGUACAAAUCCUCAAUAUCUUAUUGAGAAAAUUAUACGUUCACGAAUAUACGAUUCUAAAUAUUGGAAAGAAGAAUGUUUCGCUUUAACAGCGGAACUUCUAGUCGACAAAGCUAUGGAAUUGCGCUAUGUCGGCGGGGUGCAUGGUGGCUUCAUUUACCCGACUCCCUUUUUGUGUUUGGUUUUGAAAAUGUUACAGAUACAACCUGAGAAAGAUAUCGUAGUGGAAUUUAUAAAGAACGAGGAAUUCAAAUAUGUUCGCGCCUUGGGUGCCUUUUACAUGCGGCUCACAGGAUCUUCCGUAGACUGUUACAAGUAUUUGGAGCCGCUUUAUAAUGAUAACAGAAAACUGAGACGACAAAACCGAGAAGGUCAAUAUCAAAUAGUGCAUAUGGACGAGUUUAUUGAUGAACUGCUAAGAGAAGAGCGCUUGUGCGAUGUUAUUCUGCCCAGGAUUCAGAAGAGACAUAUUCUAGAAGAAAACAAUGAAUUAGAGCCGAAAAUUUCGGCUCUCGAUGAUGAUUUAGAUGAAGAUAUGCCGUCUGAAGACGAUAAUCCUGAGUCUGAUGCCAAAGAAAAUAGAAGAGAAAAGGAUAGAAGAGAAAAGGAUAGAAGAGACAGAGAUAGAAGAAGAGACAGAUCAAGAGAUCGCGAUAGACGUGAUAAAGAUAGGAAACGUGAGCGCUCACGUAGCAGAGACAGAGAGCGCAGAAGGGAAAGAGACAGAGAACGUGAGAAAGAAAGAGACAGAGAUCGUGACCGAACUAGAGAUGUGAGGGAGAGAGAACGGGACAGGGAUAAAGAUCGAAGAGACAGGGAUCGUCAUGAAAUAGAGAGGCGGAGGGAUAGAGGGGGUAGAUAUUAAGGUUUUAGUGAUAGAAUAAUAAAAGUAUUUUCAAAUCAGUGUGUUUAUUAUCUUGGUGGUACCAAAUUUGAAGUGUAAAGCAACUUGCAGGUUAGCAAGCUGAAAACGGCUGGUGUAGCAGAUAAAAUUGCUGUAGCUACUUACGUCACAUCUGGACUCCACUACUAGUUAACAUCAGGUGGGGUUGUCAUUUGUCAAACCAUAACAUAUAAAAAGAAAACCAAACAUUCCUGCUACACAACCUAUGUAAAUUAAGAAAUUAUAAAAAAUAUCUUCUCAAAUUUAUUAAGGAAAGGAAAAUCCUAUUAUUACUAUUGACAUGAACCAACCAAUAUUAGUAAAACUACUUUUAGUAGAAGAUCCGAACCUACGUUGACCUUCACCAAGCUGAUAAUAGAAUGAAACAUCUUUUAUCAUGAAUUUAGUAUAUUAGGAAAUAUAUUAAAAUUUGGUUGCCUAAAAAAAUCUUGGAUAGACUAUUUUUAAUUAAUUUUUAAAAAUAUAUAUUUAAUCAAAUGUUGCAACAUCAAAAUAAUAAGAAAAUGUCCUGACUUACAGUUGAGUGACACUGAAAGAUAAGAACAAUAUAUUUUUAUGUUAUUAUGAAGUCAAUCUUAGAAUCUCCAGGGAAGUUCUGAUUGUGUAAUCAGUAGAGAGGUUUUGCAACCUAUUUUAGUCUAAUGGUUGACUGCAACUAAUAAGGUUACUACAAACUUUUGGUUCAGUAAGUUAAGUAGUAAUAAUCAAAGAGAGACUUUGCCUUCCGUGCAAUAAAAAAAGUAAUAGUAUUCGCUUAGCAGAGUCAUAUUUUGAUUAAUCAAGAACAAAAUUAUAGUUGUUCAUAUAACACCUCCACCUCCAAUAUCACAAUUGGUUUAAAAGCAAGUUCAAGUUCAGAUCUCUUUCAAACAGGUGUUUAAUUAUGUUAUAUUAUACCUAUUAGUUAAAACAACAAUUUUAAAAUAAAUACUAUAAGGACAAUAAUAGUGUUCAUUAAAACAUGUUCAGUAGGUAUAAAAAUUAAUUGAAAUAAGGUUUUUUAAACAUUAAAUUUAUUAAAUUGUUUUAUUUACAUACUGCAACGAUAACAAAAACCAUAUUGUUAUGCCUUCCAAGAGUUCCACGGACAUGAGUAGAACACGACAAGGAAUUGCAAUAUACCUGAUUAAUACUUAAUUGCAAUUGACUAAUUUUUAAUGGCAAUAGGUAUUUUUAAACAUUUUAUUAUAAAUGUGAACCCCAUUAAGAUUUCUAUUAAAUUCUAAAGUGAUAUUUAUUUCUGUUGUUUCACUGGCCUCUGCCGCAGCUAGGGUUACCAUAUUUCAGGAUUUGCCCUGAGAUUUCAGUAUUUUUGGACUCUUCGCAGGAUUGCGGCUGGAUUUUGCAAAUCUCAGGAUAUUUGAAUUUUUAAUAAAAUACAGCUUAUGUAGUAUAUACAUACAUAAUCAGUUUUAUCUUACUUAAUAUGUGAAGAUAAAUUUUUAAGUAAGGUUUUUCCUCAAUUAUGGAUUUCUAAAAUGGCCCACAUGUUGCUCUUCAAAUUAUAUUGAAUUAAAGGUAUAAGCAGUGUAUAUAAACGAUAAUAUUAUGACUUCUAAAAAUUGUUAAGUAUGUUUCAGAGAAAAUUCUCAAACUAUAAAAAAUCUCAGGAUUUUUCAAUGGAAAUCAACCUUUUCUCCGGACUUUUGAUUUUUUUAUCUGGUUACCCUAGCCGCAGCAUAAAUCAUUGUCAAAAACUACACCCGGGAUAAAAAAAAACAGUAUUAUUACUUUGUCCUCAGUACAUGACCAUACCAUAUCUCCAAACAUAUAUAGUGAUCUGUGAUCUCCAAUGUUGUCGUCCAAGCAGGCAAGGGCGGCAGUUGCAGGCGGCGGGCGGCGAGGGGUGGCAGAAGCAAUAGAAAGGCAUUCGUUAUAGAACUACUAGCGGCCGAAGAAGACUUCGUCCGCGUCAACUAAAUUUUUUAAGAAUCCCAAAGGAGCCUAAUAUUUUACUGGAAUAAAUGUAUCCUAAUAUUUGUAGGUUAAGUUAGGUUAACAGCUACCUUUCAUUAAAAUUCGUUCAAUGAUUUUCGCUUGAUUGAAGUAACAAACAUACAAACUUUCUCAUUAUAUUUUUAGUUGGUUUGAUUUUAAUUCCAGGGUAGGGAAGCGAAAAUCCUAAAUGAAAAAUUAUGCAUAGAGUUUUCGUUAGGAAUUAUUUACAGAAACGAACUAAAACCAUCGAAAACAAAGCUGGGGGCCAAUCGCCUAACGGAAAUGCUUUGGAAAACGCUAACGCUUACGAUUUUAUUUUCUUAUUUCUAGCCGCCUGAGGUAUUCAAAUGCCUCGCGCUCUUUCUU